GGCGGUUUCGCGCGUUUCUCGGGAGAAGAAACAUGUGUCGCUGAAUCUCGAUUUGUUCGUUCAGAAUUCGGUUCUGAGGUCUCGCUUUUGCUCUAAAAUUAGUUGAAAAUUCAAUGUCUUGUAUUCACUAUAAGUUUCGAAGUGCUCUAGAAUAUGACACAAUUACAUUUGAUGGACUUUCCAUCUCCCUGGCCGACCUUAAACACUCGAUCAUCGCUCAAAAGAAGUUUGCGAAGAACACAGAUUUCGAUCUGGAAGUCACAAAUGCCCAAACGAAAGAACGUAAGUUGAACUGUUUUACUGUUGGUUUUCUUUCAUAAGUACUUUACUUGCUUAAAUCGUAGGCUUUCGAGCGUUAAAAUGUGUCUCUUUUCAUGCUCUGACGAUUCAAGAACGUGCGUUUCCCCCUCAAAUUAAACCAUUAUCAUGCUUAUUAAAGCAGUGCCUUUAAUAAUUAUUUUCUGCUGACAAUCUAUACAUGAAAGCUUACUUUUUUAUAUAGCUGGUACAUGUGUUCCUCUGAUCUGUACCAUUCGUGAAUUUGUUGGCUCACAGAUACCGGUAUAUAUUAUUUUAUUUGAGAAAAUAUCUGACCAACAGUAAAUUUUAAGAAUGUCCCUUAACUUGCACCAGGGCUCAAAGUUAGCGACUAACUGGUCGCAUAUGCGACUGGAUUUUUGGUUGUGCGUCUAAAAAUUCAUGUGUAAUCGCACAUGUGCGCCGUAAAACCCAAAGCACAGUGCGACUGACUUACUUCCGACUACAUGUAUACUAACGAACUCGAACUAGAAAGAUGGUGUAUGUUUAAUUGGUCUUUUCUCCCAAUGGAUUCUACGAACUCGAAUGUUGUUUUGCGUUUCGAUGUUUUACUCUGUCCCAGACUCUUCUGUUUUGUAAUAAACACCGCUGGCACAUGCAAAUAUAUGCUACGAACGAAACACGUACUUUUUGCGCAAUGUACGAAGAUGUCGAACGUUCAGUUUUAACGUCAAUUAAAGCAAAAACGGUGUGGAUUAAGAGCCUUUUUUUUCCAGGUUAGAAAGUUUUUUAAGUCUUAUUCCAGUUACAUGUAAGUCAUUGCGCAUUUAACAAAUUCAUUAAAGAUUAAUUUUCAUUUGCGUUCGACACACUCAUUGUUGUCAGUUUUGAAUUUUUUUUCAAGUGUAAGUUUUCUUUAGUCACAACUGUACUGUCAAAAGGAGAAAGUAAUUUUAAAACUCACAACGAUCACAUCAAUCACAGGACUGAAGUAAAAGUAACAAACUGAAGAUGACAAAUAAACUUGGCACUGUUAAGCUUUUUACUUUUUCUUUUGAAAAAGAUGCUCCCAACAUUAUAAGAAAAUUAUAAUAAAAUUUUCAGCUGUGCGCCUAAAAAUUUACAUCUGGUAGCACAAGUGCUCGCAAACUCAAAUUUAAACUUUGAGCUCUGUGCACCGUUUAAAAUGUCAAGUAAUUGUUAAGACAGUAUUUGCCUUGUUGUAAACAAGGUGUUAGUAUACACUGUAAAUGCUCAGCUGCUUCGAAAUAUUUGGACCAGCUUGCUUCGCCAAAGUACAGCUGCUUUUCUGGGGAAAGUUUAAAUAUUUUGAUACUCUUAAUGGCAAGAAAGCUGCCCUUUUUCCUUGGUCAUUACUAGCACUGCAAUUUUGGUGACUAAAAUUGCAGCGCAAGCCGCCAAUCUGUUAUUUAGUGGUUUUGUGCCAAGCCAGGUUGCUUUUAUUGGUCUUGCUGAUAAACAUUUGCACGAAAUACCUGUGUACCUCAAAAAUCCUAUAUUUGUGACAGUUGGGCAACCAUUUUCUUUAUUUGAUAUCUCUCAUACAGUAUUGCACAAAGUACCCUUUUGUUCUGUCAACUAAUAUUAAUUUUUAUGCCAAAUGGCUACUUUGAAAAAAGUUGAGCUUAGUGUUCUGGUUACCUUUGGCAGUUUUGGAAACACAAGGGAGGCAUUCGAUUUGUACUGAAGAAUUGCCAGUUGCCCUCCAAAUUUUCUUAACACUCAAUAUGAGUCUCUCUCAUCCCUAAGUGUGAAUAUUCUAUUUUUUGGCCUUUCCAGAGCAAUUUUAAUGAUGCAGUUAGAAAUCUCUUUUAGUGCACUUGCAUUUUGUGUUAAUGAUAAAAUGUUCAAAUUCUGACAGAGGAGUUCUUGCUUAUUUUUUCUUUGGAUAGAGUAUAAAGAUGAUAUGACAAUGAUACCAAAAAAUUCCUCAGUGGUGGUGCGGAGGAUACCAAUUGGGACAAAAAGCAAAGCUCAGUUGGCAGCGUAAGUUAUGAUAUUUCUGUUUACUGCCAAAGAGAUACAGUCGAACCUCUAUUAUCGGGACUUGUUGGGACUUGAGUAAAUAGUCCGGAUAAUUGAGAGUCCGGAUAAGUGAAAAUACGAAUAUUAAUGAGACAAUAAUGUAAACAUAGGGAAUAAAGAAAACAAAAUUUAAUUGUGAAUUAGCUCCUACUUGCAUUUAUGUACUCUCUCUGUGUGUAUUAUGUAUUUACAAAUAAAAAGUUGCUGUUUCAAGUGUUUACAGCGUGCAAAGAAAGUUGUGUCUGAUAGCCUGAGGCUAAUGGAUUUUCCUAUUGAGCUAGUGAUUUUUGUUGUUAACUUGCCCAACGGGCAAUAACUGUUUUUGGGGGAAAUUCAAAUUACAGGAGAUUGUAAUCAAUCCUGCUAAUCAAAAGGGUUUUGGGACUGGUUGAAAUGACUUGUGGCCUAGUACAUGGUAGCUGCUGCUUGCCUGAAUGGCAGGCUGUAAAACUGACUUUCUUUGCAUCCUGUUACUUCCUUCCUUCCUUCCUUACCUUCUUACUUGCUAGUUUCGCUAGGUCUACAUUGUACCUACUACAUUGUUGGAAGGUUUGCUGUUAAAAUUUUUUUCAUAUUGUUGUUGUUUCAGAGAUUAAAGGUCAUAGAUUGACACUAGGAAUAUUGCAUAUUUUUGUUAUUGCAGGGAAAGAUCAUCUCCUUUUUCAAGUGGAGAGCAGAAAACAGUAUGUACACAUGGUUGAAGAUUAUUGUAAUAAUUCAAUAAUAAUAUUAAGAUUACCUCUUAGAACGUUAUUGUUGUAAACUGUGUGCUUACAUUGGUUUCUAAUAAAAUGCUGCAUUUAAAGGAACACUGUCAACUACAACUCAACAACCCUAUCGUUUGAAAAAAAGUAAGAACAUGCGAUUAAAUUUAUAGCAAAUCCUGUACAAAGUUAGAAUGACUUGUUAUGGUAUGUGGGAAAUUUUCUUUAAGAUAGGUUGUGUUCUUCCCUUUGUUUCUUAGAGCUAAGACGGUUGCUAAUAUUUUAUACUGUGACUUUCUUCCAAGAUUCUACAAUUUUUGUACUAAACAUUUUGGGAUCUGUAUCUAUGAAAUGAAUGAAAGCAAACAACCGUAUUCUUUUGAUUCGGAGGGUUUUGACAUGCUUGAAGUCCAUGUUUUAAAGAAUUAGAUCACUUGUUUCAAGCUGGAGGGGGGUGGAAAUUUGUUCAAAGAAAUAAGUAAAGGAACAAAUACAAUUUUUUAAGACAAAGAUAAUGAAAGAAACCUCCUAAAUCUUGAAUUACAGCUGUAGGCUUUGUUUGUUAUUGUCGCUUGAUAUUCCCUGUGUUAUUGAUAAGGACACUUAAGCCACUCUUGCAAUCUAAAAGCUGCAAGUCAGUUUGUUUAUAUAGUGGUUUCCCACCCACUGUUCCGAUUUCUGGUGAAGCUAAGAAACACUUUUAUCCCAAUUAUGAAAAGCUGUCCUUUUUUCAUUUUGUUGUAUUUGUGAUGUAUUAUCAUAACUGCGUGGGCAGAAAGAGGAAGAAAGGUUUAUUUGCUCCAAUUAAAUAAUGAUUUUAUUUUUGCUUCUUUUGGAUCCUGAUCAUUUCCUUGUUCAAUAAAAAUUCAUUGUAAUAACAGAUAUUUUAUCACAACAGAUCAGAUUUCCUGACAAGUAAUUUGGUUUUUGUAUUAAUUUACGAUAUCUUUAUCUUGGUCAUUGUGAAGAACAGCUCCCCUUAAAAUCUUUCAGCUGACUGUUGAUCAGCAGUUGGUCAACAGUUGACAGCUGAAAGAUUGGUCAACAUAUCAAUAACACCAUGUUGAACUUAUGCUCUAUUCUAUCCACUUGUUUAAAAAAGAUUUAAGGAGAAAACUUAACAAGUUUGCGAGCAGAAACAAUAAAGCGUGCCUCGAAAUGAAUAAUUACUCUGUGAUGCUUAGCAAACAACAAUUUUAUUUCAAGAUGUUUGCAAAUAUUUUUACCUUUUUUUCAGUUGCACUGGCAAUAGUUUGGGCAUUCAUUUUGGUGACUUUAAGAGUAACUUGUUCUUUUGCCAUGCUCUUCGCAUUUCCAGUGCAGUUUAGGUUUAACAUUUACUGAUAGCCUACCACCUCCCAACAGUUCACCCACAGAUGGUGGAAAACUAGCCUAGGUCUUUGCUAAAAACAAUUAGCAAUUGUUAGUGACUUGUUUGAUGGCCAAAUGUCAGCCAGCUUCUAGGCAACUGUUGGUCAAGAGUCAGUCUUAAGUUGGCCGGUAGAUUUUAUGGGGAGUAUUCUUCACAGUUACCACUAAUAAUUUUGCACCCAUCUUGGCCUGCGUUAUUGUUUCCAUGUGGCUUUUCUCAGUUCUUUUUCUGAGCUAAUAAUGAUCGUGUUCCUUUAAAUCAUCAGUGUGGUUGUCUCUGUUCUGUUGCAAUUAAACAACUAGUGUUGUCUUUAAAAUAACAUGCUUAAAAAGACUUGCAAGGUUUUCUGUAGUAUUUUGUUUUUUGAAGAAUAAAGAGUUAAAUCAUAACAAAAGAAAAAGGCAUAUCUUUACAUGAUAUAGAUAAAUAUUGUUAAUGGUAAGAACACUUGGGGAUACGUACAUGUUUUUCGCAGUCUACUUUGGGAAAAGGAAAAUUAAAAUUCUGAAUAAGCUGUUUCUUGAAUACCAUGCAAUAUUAUUCUUUUAUUUGACUUUGAGUUUGGUGUCAUUGAUGAGGUAGAUUAGGCUCUAUGAGCAUCGUUAAAAAACAUCCCAAGAGGUUGAGUUUCUCUAUUAAUCUACUGAUUUACUAUAUAUUACAUGAUGUCAUUAUGGGAAAAAGGGCCAUUACUAAACUUUUCUCUCUUUUAGCUUUGCAUUGACAACAAUGUAUAAAAUGUUACACCUGGCUUCAUAUUGAGUGUAAAUAGCUUUAUCAUUGAAAAUGGACAUUCACUCAAAGAACUGUUGAUUUUUUGAAUCAGAACUCUUGUAUUCCCAGUUUUGCUGGGAAAAAAAUUAAGAACUUUGUUCUUCCUGCAAUGUCUCGAGGGUAUGCAGAAUUGGAAAGAUGCAUUCCCACUUUAGAGAUAUGUCCUUGCAAUAAAUUUAUGCUUUGUUCUGAUAAAGUUGGAGAUUUGCUCCUUGCUCCUUUCAUUGUUACAUGUAACUGAUGUAUUCACAAACUACUAUGGAGCAUUCUGUUGUGGAUAAUGGCAAUAAUCAUCACAAGAACAGCAGCAGUCAUUUUACAUCAUGGAUCACAAUACUAUCACGGUCUGCAACAUGGAAUUUACCAGCUAACAGAAGUGAAGAGCAAAAGUGUAUCUUUAUGGCAAGUUGGACCAUCUCUGAUAAUUAUCUCAAGACUACGAUAAGAUCUUUAUUGCCCCGAAGUCAUCUGUGAAGGAUAUAACAUUUUGUCAGCUUUUUGUCAAGUCUGUGGCUUCUGAAAAAGCAAGUAUACUGAUUAUAAUUAUGUUUACCUGGUCAAGAAUGUUGUGAAGUAUGGAAAUCAACACCAAACAUUGCGUGCCUGUGCUCUUAUUAGAACUGCAAGAUUGGGCAGUGACUUUCAGCAAUAACGACAGGCACUGUGUUUAAGUCCACCUCACUGGAUUCCUGGAUUAGAAAGGCAUAUUUCACUCAUGCUUUAUGAAGGGAAAAAAUCUACAAGUUACAACAUGAAGCUUAGAAGUUCCACUGUUGGGUUCACCAACGUGUUUUAACCAGUUGAAGAAAUAGCAAAUAACUUGCAGGUUAAUCCUCUCCCUGCGAGCCCAGAUGCAAAAUGCAACCACGUUUGAAAUUUUUGUUUCUCUAAAAAUAGAUUUUUUUUUUGAACAGCAACAACAACAGCAGCAAGUCAUCUUGAUCCUUAUGGCAGUGUCAUUCAUGACCUGCACAUCUACCACAGUACACCUUGUUUGCCCCCCAUGCAUAAGCGUUGUUUUUAAUUUCUCUUAGGAGGACUGUAAUACCCAGGAAAAAUGAAAAACAAAGGUAUGCAAAAUUUUGGGGGCAGGCAAGGUGUUUUAUGGAAGAUGUACAAAUGGCAAAUACAUUUUUAACUUGCUUUGAGCUUUUGCAACAAAUUUGAUGCUUGAACUAAGUUUCACUUGAAAUGGAGACAGUGUGAAUGAAACAAAAUCAAAAUACGAUUGCGGCGAUUAUCAACAUCCCUUACGGAUCAAAUUUCAUGACCAUUCUUGAGUUUUUCAUCAGUUGCUGAAAAAAGUGGCUGUUGCUGAGAGGUUAUUUUGGCAGUUGGGGAUGCGCUUUAACGGCCAUUGCUGUUGUAGAGAGGUUUUGAUAAGGGUCAAUGUAUGGACUGUCCACCGGGACAAAUUUAAGUGGCCAUUCUAGAGAGGUGGCCAUUAGUGGAGGUUCAACUGUAGUUUUCUCCAUAUUAUUAUGAAAGUCUUCUCUUUACUUGUUAGUGUAUCAUUAUAUCCAGAAAACUAUAUACCUCUAUACUUGUUAGUGUGGAGGUGGAAAAAUGGUGCAACAACACUUGUUUGUAUAUUGAAAACUCACCAAAUCGCACCAUUUUACAAAUUUUCUUCCCUGUCUGGUGAGUCAGUUCAAGCCAUGAUAAGAAUGUCUGGCUUGUUUUAAUAAAUAUUGUGACCUGCUGUUGUUGUUGCUGUUUUGUUGGAAUCUUUUGCUCUUAUUGGUAAAUCCUAGUUGCUUCUUGCAUUGAAACUGUUUCAAUGCAUUAAGGGACUACGAUUUUGGUACCAUGUUUUGCCUCAUGUUUGACGAAAGACCUCUGCCAAAGUGUAAUCUAACAUAAUUCCUGCAUUUUGUCUUUUAAAAUACUGAUAAUUAGUACAUCUACAUCUACAUAUGAGGGGGGUCCUGCUAAGGAGGAUACCCAAGCCAUCAUUCAAUCUGGGAAGGAAAGUGUUAAAAUAGAAGAAUUCUUGAAGAUCUACUUCAUCGAACAUUACUGAGUUUAAAGUCUUCCCGCAGUAAAGAUUUCAUGGCAUGCCAAAAUGCCCACCAUACCAUUUAGCUCAUUGAGCAGCCUCCAUAAAACGUAGAAUGGAAAUGAAAAAUGAAUUGUUCAGUCAUCAUAGCAAGCUCUCUCUCCUUUUUCCACCCCGUAGAAAUGAGGUGAACGUUGAGGGUGAACCGGGGAGACUGGAAGAGAAAUCUGAACACAAAAGUGCUAUCAUCGAACGAUCGAACGAUCGAAUGGUAAAUAGUCCCCUGUUCAAAUAAUAAUGACUAGGUAAAUACUGUUUUUUUUUGUUGCAGUGGAAGAAAAAUUGAUUGGAGCAAGGCUUAUGUGCGCCCCCCCCCCCCCUCCCCCAGACCUCAUAUUGUGCUGGGCCUUUGGAACAAUACAAUAGUAACUGUGUGUUUCAGUAAGAGGUUGGGGGAAGGAUCAUUAAUUUGUAGUGGUACCUUUGAAUUUAUGUCCAGAGAAGGGUGCACUCAAACAUCCUAAACUUACAUGAUUUUUUAUUACAUUAUUAUCAUUAUUUUUAUUUUUAUUUUAUUCAUAUUUAUUCAGUUUUUAUCCAAUGAAUUGGUGGAGAAAGUUUUUUUUUCUUUCAUUAACCUCCACUGAGGUUCUCAGUGUGAUGGUGCCUGGUUGCCACUCACAGGGUUGUCUUGGUUACCUUCUUGGCUCGCGUUUCACCAGGCACCUUCCCCACACCUGUCUAUUCAUGAUGGGUUUAACUAUAACUUAAAGGGGCAAGUUAAGGACUGAUUGGAUAAUAGUUGUGUGUCAUUAGAUUUUUAUUUUAUUUAUCCAGCACUAACCGUGACUUGUGCUACAACACAGCCAGGUGCGGAGUAAAUAAAUAACGUUGUAGUUAGAUUUUUCUCUCACUGGUGAUUGUUCCUUUUCAACUCUGUUCAUGAAGAGCACUCUCCAAGAUUACCAAGUUCCAAAAACCAACAAGUUGAGCAAGGUAAAAUGUAAUAAAAUUUUAAUGUAUCCAUUGAAAGAGUGUGGUAAAUGGUUUAUUUAGAAGAGCUUUUGUUAGUUGUGGUGUAAAGGCAGGGGGGGGGUUGGGGGAGAGUGGAGAGGGGGAGAGGCAGUUCAAAAAGGCGGGGAUGCUUUCUCUUGUUUAAGGUUGUGAAAAUGGGAUGGGUACUCAGACAGGUUUUGGAUGGGUAUGGCCUCCCUGGUCCUCCAAUUGUGCAGCCUGUUUUAGAAAAAAAAAUAUAUUAAAAGAAUACCCCACUCAGGAAAUAACCACUUCUAGAGCACUCUCAUUCCAAAGCUUUUAUGCAUUCGAAAUAUUAUACCAUUUUCUAGGAGACGUGUCGAAUUGGAUAUUUACCCCUUUCUUCAUUAUGAGUCCAAAGAUUAUGACCCUGUUGGGUGGCACAUUUGCAAAGAGGUAUUUUGGUGAGGUCCCUCUACCCAAGCCACCUUUAGGUCAGAAUGCCAAUAGUUUAAGGGCCUUUUUACCUUUAGGUGGGGGACCCCAGGUUGGUGAGGUAACCCAACUGUCCAUAUAAUCUCUCUUAUAGUCACCCCAUCUGUCAUGUAAACAUGAUGAAAUUAAAACGAGAUUAUUAGGAUAGGCAGGUUACUGUUACCUCACCUACCUGGGGUCCCCCACCUCCGUGUAAACAGGCCCUUAGUUAUCUUAGGGUUGUUUGUGUGUAAAUAAACACCUUCACGUGAACUUAAUUCCAUUACGGAGCUAAAGUAGAAUGUGUUGAGUCAGGGUACAGUUUGACCCUUCCAUUAAUUAUUGCCUUUUGUCUCAAAUGGGUGGCGUAGGGUGGGUGGUUAUAAUUCUGCAUACAAUAUGACCCUUCACCCCUAGGUGGCAGAUCUGGCAAAUGCAGAUGCAUCAGAAGAGGACAAGCUUAAGGCCAUGAUGAAACAGUCUGGGGAGGAUUGGGAUCCUUCACAGUAAGUCUAUGCUUAAAAUCAUAUUAAAGGGGUUAUAAAUAGAAUUAUUAGUCUCUAACAUUUAUUUGUGGGUUGCAAUCUUCUGAUUUUAUUUUCUCCAAGAAGUUACAGGAACAUGCACUCAGUUUGUUGCCACUGCUGAAGAUAUGAUAUGAUGUUUUCUCUAGAUAUGUGAGAGGGCGCCGUCCUUAUGCCCCUGGUGUGCCUGUUCCUCAAAACUAUGUGUGUUAUAGGUGUGGUAAACCAGGCCACUUCAUAAGGAACUGUCCAACAAAUGGGGUAAGUCGCAGAAAGUCGCUGCUGAACCCUAAGGAUUUGUUGCCGCUAAGGACUUAACGUUCAUAAACAUAACCUUUUUCAUAUUUUAAGGUAGUUAUGAUCUGGUGGGAAUGAAUACCUAAAAAAGAACAAAAAGACCUAAAUGGAAGAGAUAUAAUCAUAACCAUAAGGAAAUGGUUAAAUGAAACUGUUUUUUUUUCUAAGUUUUGCUUUUGAUUAUUUAUUCCAACUCAUGGUAGAAGUUGCAUAAUGGCACGGGUGGCUGUGAUUAAGGUCACAAUGGCACAAAUUGGUACAAACUGAGCCAGAGCCGUAGCUUGCUAAAAAUUUAAAUUUUAUUCAUAGAACACUUGUUUUUGGCCACCCUUCUUGAUUUUAUCACCAAGGAAGAUUGGGAAGAGAAGAAAUACUCCCCCUAACUUCUUGACUAUUAUCAAAUUCAGCAUAGUGGUUAUGUGAGCAAAACAGCAACAUUACCUUUAUUACAUCCAGUUAGAGAGAAUUUUACAUUUUAUGAUGGCUGUUGGAGAGAAAAAAAUUUGUUACAUGAAAAUAAAGGAUGUCUAGGAGCUAAAUAAACAAACAUUUUCAGGCUAGCUCCUAGUGAUAAAAUGAUAUUUUUAAUGCAGUGGUGACAAGUAUAAUAGUAGCAAAGAAAAAAAACAACAAAGAAAAUAAAUAAAUAAAUAACACACACCAUAAACUCUGUGGGGAAAAGAAUGAUUAUGCUCAAUUUACAACUUGUCUUUUCAAUAGGUAUUGUUUUAGUAGGCAUUGGAAGGAGAAAUUUGGGAGGUCUUUCAACUAAUGUGGAAGAUUUUUCCAGAGGUUACAGCUGUAGAUUGAAUUGACUGUUUUCCACUAUUCAUUCUUUCAAAAAGAAACUUUCUUGCAUCCAAAGAAAAUGCCUGCAAUGCAGGCUAGUGAACUAGUAUUUGGUUUCAUAAGAAAUGACUUUUUAAAAGAGAUUCUGACAAAACACCUUUCAUUAGGAUAAUAGGUUUGAUGUUCCAAAAGCCAAACGAACCACUGGAAUUCCCCGCACUUUCCUGGGUACAACUAGUGAGGGAACAGCCUCGCCUCCAACCAGAGCAUCACCCUCAUUGCCAGAGUAAGUACUGUUUAAACGGAGAUGUUUCAUUUCCCAAAGACAGCAUCCAAAUUCUCUUCUGGCUACAGUAGUUGAAAAGUUUGAGAGCGCUAUCCACUGGAUAAAUUAGCUAUAUAUUUGGUGGAUAAGUAUUAGGGAACCAAAUUAUCCACUGGAUGGAGAUCUAACCUAUUAAACAACUGGAGCCAGGGGCCUGUUUCUCAAAAGUCCCUGUAACUUUUCGGAACCAGAAUCAAAUAUUUUUAUCAGAAUAUAAAUAUAAGAACUUGGCUCUUAGCUAACUUAUACUACUACAUCAGAAAUUACUGCAAUUUGAUUGGCUUAGAGCAGUGGUAUUUCAGCUUAAUUUGAAAUACCUACAUGAGAAAAUUACAAACCUUUUGCAGGUAGUCGUAUAAACAAGUAAUAGCAUGAUUUGUACGUGAUGUUUGGCAUAAAUACCACUCGUGAUAUUUCAAAAUUGUCUCAAAUUUCACUCACCUAGCGGCUUGUGAAAUUAUGUAUAACAAUUUCGAAAUAUCACUCGUGGUAUUUAUGCCAAAUAUCACUACAAAUCAUGAUAUUACCUAUACAAAUUUUGUUUGUUUUGUUAACUAAUAGUUUUAUUAAGUUUUCUGCAAAACUAUUGAAACCUUUUUCUUCAAUGUCAACAACAAUUGUCUUUAGGCCUAUUGUGGGUCCAAACGUUUUUGCAUCUUUCAAGAAAUUCACGCUAAGCCUGAAUUUUUUUAAGGCUUUUCUUUUUUUUCAACCUGUUAGGUUGAUGAUAUAACUGCAGAGAUUGCAUCCGCAUUAAAUUGUGUUAUCUCUUUAGUUCUCAUAUAUGUUUGUGUGGUAGUUAAUUUUUUAUCUCAGGUAAUUUUUCUUUUCCCUUUGUUUCACUUUAAACAGCAUACAUUACCAUACCCAAAAACAAAAGAAAAACAAAAAUUACCUGAAAUAAAAAAUCAACGACAACAUUUAUUUUGUUUCACAGUUGGCAUCUUUAUAGCAAGCCAACAUGUGCUCUUCAAACAGAGCUAUCUCCAAGGAAAGGUUCCUUAGUUGUAGAUUAAUGAAUUAUUAUUGUAUUUUUAUUUCCAUACUGUAGUGGUGAUUCAAAAACCAAAGCAAAAGACAAAGAUUCUAGUAGCAAGAAAGUUCCCUCAGAACUAAGGUGCCCAAGCUGUAGCAAUUUGUUGACUGAUGCAGUACUCAUUCCCUGCUGUGGAACAAGUUAUUGUGAUGACUGUAUGUAUCAUUGCCUCUCAUCACGAACUGAUACUAGCAUUACUGUUAAAACCCUCAAGGAAGAACUUGCAUUUUCUCAAGUUAGCUAAAACAGGCUCCUGCAGGUUUUAUUCUGGUAACAGAAUAAACCAACUUCAAUUUUUCCUAGCCUGUGCAGUAAACAGAACAAAACCUCUUGUUAAGUCCAUCUGUGAAACAGCACCAAAAUCCUUGUCUUGGCUCUCAUCUGUUCACCAGGAUUUGAGUACCCACCUUGAUUGGCAUUGUCAAUUUGCCAAUCAGGUUGAAGGGAAAUUCGAAAUGCAUUUACAAUUUGUUGAGUCUGAUGGGGGCCAAGGACAAGGAUAUUGGUACUACUUUUCAGACAUUACUAACUUAGUUUAGUUAAGUCUGCGAUGCAGGCUAUUCUUUCCUGUUUUUUCCAGUUCUUGUUAUGACAAUUGCCCCUUCUUUUGGUAGUUUGUUUUGUUUGUAUUAAAACCCAGUAAAAAAUGUAUUUUUAAACAAUACUUCUUUACUUUUAUCAGGUAUUAGAAACUAUCUGUUGGAAAAUGAACAAGAAUGUCCAUCUUGUGGCGCAGAGAAUGUGUCGCCAGACUCAUUAGUUAUCAACAAGCAGCUUAGACAGGUAACUGUCACUUUUGGUGCACCUUUGAUUCGCAUUAGUAUGGGUAGUGUUUUUUUUUCAUAAGUUUAUAGCAGCAGGGAAACUAACUUCACAAAAAUAUGUUAUCCAAGAUUGUAACUCAGUGGCCUUGCAUAUGGUUAUGUUUGUCAAGUCAGUUAUUUCUUAACCAACGGAAAUAUGAGGUUUCUUGUGGUUUGAAAACAACUUGAAUUUCAGCUAAGAAAAAGCAGCAUUCAAACUUUGUGAGCCAUGGCUGAUUGCAUUGUCUAAGUUUGUAAUUUAGUAAGAACAUGACUUGCCUGGCUCUUUGGCCAUUAGUCAAGAAAGUGUGAACAUGACUCCUGGGUUCAAACCUUUCACAGUUUUAAAGUGUUAACAGUUACCUCACUAUUCUAAAAGGAAAAUCUACUUGUCCCUGGCAAAUGGUCAGGACUGGUUUUUCAUCACACCCUGGUUUCCUGGAGUCAAGACUUUUACUAAGGGCAGGGGAACAGGGAUUUCCCAUCGCAUAAGCCUGGCUACUUUGAGAGGAAACAAAAAGAAAAUAAAUCCAGCUGUUCAAUGCCCUACCUAUUACUGCGUGAAUUCUAAAGUUCAAAAGCCAACUGACAUUUGCGUUUUUCACUGCCCUCAAUCAUCUUAGAUGACCUCUUAGGAAACAGAAAUUUACUUUGAACGACGGUUGCAAAAGGUCAUGGUUUUGAUUGAUGAUUGGUGAAUUUCGAUCUGUUUUGUGUGUUCCAGUGUUUCAAGGUGCGUUGCUUGUGAUUGUAAUUAUGAUUGAUUGCAGGGAAAAAUGCAAUUGUGAAGGUGGUUUUUGAUUUUCAGAGUUAUUCUGUUUUUGAAAAGUGCAGUAAACUUGAAAUUUUUGUAACAGCCCUGCUAAGUUGAAAACACAGUUAAAACUUUCAGCUCCAGAGCAAUCACAAAAACAUGGAAACCAGGCUUCACCCAGUUGUGCUAUGUAAAAACGGGCACCCAUUCAACAAUGCAAAAUUGAUUCAACAAAAAAAAAUCUUAGUGUUUCCUAUGUUAUUUUUCCUUUGUUUAGGCUGUAAAUACCUUUAAAAAUGCUCGUCCAGCCAGUCCUUAUGUCGCCCCAGUAACAAAAGGUGCAUUGGCUACUAAUAAAAGUACAGAGGUGAAGUCCCAGCCAGCUUCAAAGGAUGUUGCUGACAGGUAAAAUUUCCACUGAAAAAAAGAACUUUAUCAAUAUCUGAGUGUCAAUGUAUUUUUCACAAAAGUACUAAUAUUAUUGGGGACACUACUUUUACAUCUCCUACGGGAGAUGGGACCACCAUUUUACAUGGUCAUCUGAGCCACAUGAAGGUCUAGCUGCUUGCAGGGAAAAGAUAUUUUAAGACCCCUGAGUAUUGGUCCGGUCCCUGGAAUCGAACUUAUGACCUCCCACUCUACAGUCAAGCGCUCGACUGACUGAGCUAAUCCGGCCACAGUUAAAAAAUCUAAAAAUAUCGUCAAGAAAAUCAUUACCUCUGGCUGUGGUGAUCCAUGCUUUAUGUCCCUUUGAAAGGAAAUGGUCAUGCAUUAUCAUUAACUAUCAUUUGUGCCACAUGUUUGGGAAGUUCCUUGAAAUUUGUCUGAUGUGAUUAUGUCUUCAUUUCAGUGUGAGUGACAAAACUGUCUCAGAAAGUAAACCAGCUGUUGAAAAUAAGGGUAAUGCCACUGUUCUUUAUUUUUUAUGUGAGUUUAUUGUACCCUACACAACACUUAAAUAAUUGAUUGUGAGCAUGAAAUCACUGAUAUCAUGGGUUUUGUCUCUUUAGUAGUGAAAGAAAUAAAUGAUAAUGAGAGAAAAACAAGGGAAAGUUCACCAAAAGUGAGUACUACAACUUCUUUAUAGUAUUAAGAUCAAUUAGAGGAUAACGUUAUAACACAGAGAGCGUCACAAAUUUUGUAACGUAUUUACCUUUUCAUCGUGAUGUGUGUGUGCGAGAGUUUCCAAUGAUCUGAUAUCCAUAAACCAAGUUCAACAAAAUGAGUAAAAACUUUUUGAAGCUGAAUUUGAGAUAUUUAGGUAUUGGAUAAAUUAGCUGUUUGAUGACUUAUUGUUCUUGAAAAAAAAUCCCAAUAAAAGCCUGCAAAUUUGUGGGAAAAUAAAAUAGUGUUAUUUUGUAUAGAGUUUUUUUUUUACGCGAUUUUGGACAGUUUCUUAUUAGUUGCCUAUGAGACAUCCCGCGAAAAGUUAGUUUAAAAAUGUCAAAUUCUGUUGAUAGGCAGUUUCAUACUACUUGCGGUGUAUAAUUUCCAUUGUUACAGAAAUAUGGUAUUAUCAUACCAUAUCACUUAAUGACUGGUCCGUAAGGAAACAGUUAGUUUUGUUUCCCAAGGGACCUGUCUUUAAGUGAUUAGUUGUAUAGCUAAAAAUUCAUUAAACCUCACUGAAACGUUAGUCGUCAGUCAACAUUAGUAGGUAACAGUGCACUGUUACCCUCUGACAUCAUAGAUUUUGCAAUGUUGCCCACUCAGAGAUUUUGGUGGGAAACAGUUUCAUUAUUAGAUGUCAUGUGACCUUGAAGUAACCAACGAGAGCAGGCACUGUUGGGAAAACAUUUCCAGCUAUAUAACAAUAAAAUUUGUGACUGUGCUCUUUUCACCUUUACACAGCCUCCCCAGGUAGUCAAUCCACCAGCAAGUGAACCACAACCCAUCAGAGUCCACCACCGAGAUGCCAUGUCACAACAAGGUACAUAGAUCCUUGAUUUUGUUUCAGUCACUUGCCUGCCUGUUGUUCGCAUUCGACGAGCAACAACACAAAAAUUUUAUAUGAAUAAUGUUAAUUGACCAGUUAAUCAAAAGCAUUUAAGUACAGACGUUUCUGUUACAAAGACACAUAACUCUAUGGAGUCUCACAGUCGCCUAUAUUCAGGUAUGUUAUGAGCCAAUUAAUGACCAGCCCCCAGUUGGCUUCCUAGCUCAAUUGGUUAGAGCGUUGCACUGGUGUCGCAGAUCUCCACAAGCCUGAAUUUUUUCAAGCUUUCUUUUCGCAUCUGGACAAGUUGCCUAUUUAACUGUGAUUAUCUUCCUUGCAUUUAUUUCUAUGGAGUCUAAUAAUUUAUAAAAAAAUGUUCUUUUAAUUUUACUCAGGUGCUGGUUUUAAGCCAGCUGGAGCCCCAUUUGACCCUCGCAGAAGACAAGGAGACUUCCACCCAAGGUAACCAACGCGAAGCUUUUUAACCCUUUAGGUCCCAAGAGUGACCAACAUCAAUUUUCUCCUUACAACAUCAGCAGAUCAUCAAGAGUAAAGGUUAUGAGAAUUACUAAAUUGAUUACCAAAGGGAGAAUGCUUUGAUGUUAAACUAAAUUCUCUCAACUGUUCUUAAAAGAAAUGUAUGGAGAUCAGUCUGGAGAAUUUGUGUGUCGAUCUUGGGGAUUAAAGGGUUAACACUCUAGCGGGUGGUUUUUCUCAUCUUUUGUGCUUUACACAUGACUGUCUCCUGCUAAUGUGCUUGGCUGAAUAGAGCCUGUUAUACCUGCCAUUAGCACACUUAAACAAAAGUAUUGCCCUUGCAUGGUAGCGUGCGCACCCCUUGCACCCUCCCCCCUAUAUCCGCUCCUGUGCCUUGAAGGCAAUCUGUGGUAUGGCUGCCGACAUAGCCCUGGAAGAAAUCCUAGCUUUUUAAACCAAUCAUUUGUUUGUUUAUAUUACAGAGGGGCACCUCGGGUACCUGAUGUCCGCCAUGGAUUGCCUGAACCUGUCAUACCUCAUGGGCUCCCGCCCGAUCACGUACCUCGAGUCCCGGCUGUAAGGCCUAAUAUGCCAGGUCCAUCUCAUCUAAGACCUCGCAUGAACGUACCUGGUUAUAUGCCUGUCAUGCAUGCAGCGAUUCCGGCACCAGCCGUUCCUCACAUACCUCCUGUCCCUACCAUGGUGAGGCCAGCCCUACCCCACCACCCAGCAUUUGGAGCGCCAGUCUUUGACCCACUCCACCCUGUUGAUGUAUCUAGGUCUCUCACUCCUCCCAUGUCAGAACGGGAAUUCUACAAAAUGCAAAAGAAACUCAAAUCAAGGUAAUUCCUGGUUUUCAUUUGACGUCACCAAAAUUCAAACUUACGGAAAUGUUGAUUCCUCUGACUUUCUACUUUCAUAAGGUGUUACAGCAGCUAAACACCUUUAUUCAUACAAAUUUUCGUUUCGAAAGGGUUCUUCGAUUUGCGAUUAAGGACGCUUGAAUAUCAAUGCUUUUGCGUGUCGCGGGAGUUAGCCGGCGGCCGGGAAAGCUCUUAUGUGGGUUUAAAACGUUACCAUUUUUUGGAGAUUUUGGUAUCUCAACAUUCCUUGUCUCAGAAUAAAUAUUACUUUAAUCUUAAAGAGUUCCUCAAGCGAUGAAUUCACGCAUUUACACAAAAACUCAAAGACAGACUCUCUGGCUUCCGGCGGCCAUAUUUGUACCCCUUAAAGGGACACCAACAUGGUGUCUCCAUACAAAGUUUUUUAAGUUUGGGUAAAACAUUUCUCCAAAUAUCUCGCAUAUAAAAUAUCGCACAGAGCUGAUUCUUACCGAGGCUUUUUGUACGUUCAUCUUCUUUCAUUUCCCAGAUUCUCGACUGGUUUCCAUGGCGGGGGAAAGAAAACAGCAAACCUUGUGUGUCAAGCAUGACAACAAUUUUGUUUGAAAAAAAUUUUCGCCACACUUUUCCUUCCUUUACAGAGAUUUUUUUGUAAAAGGCCUUAACAAAGUAUUGUUAAGUGAAGAUCCAAACAAAACUCGCAAGUAAUAGCCCUGUCACGUUGGUCACACACAAGCAUUUUGCCGUCGUCUUCUUUCAGCCGUCCUGUUGCUUACGCUCAUUAGUAGCUGUCCUGACUGUUUUUAUUUGUCAUGUUUAGGAAAAAGAAACAUGAACAUCCUUCAUCAAGUUACCCCUCUCGCGAGUCGCGUUCAAGAAAAGAGCCUAAGAAGGACACUAAGAAAGACCCGGCUGGCGGCCUUUUCGACUUUGACGACGAACUCUCCGAAUACAGAAAACUUCAGAAAAGCCGUCAGCGAUUACGCUCUCGCUCUUUGACUCCGUCACGCUCAAGGUCACGUUCUCCAUCGCGAUCACGCUCACGCUCACGCUCACGCUCACGGUCUAUUUCACGUUCAAGGUCACGGUCUCGAUCACAUUCGUCGCAAAGCCCUGCGCGAUCGCCGACUCCUGAAGGAUGGGACGAGUCACGCUCUCCUUCGCCUAGUUCAUCUCGCGGCAAAACUGAGACUGGUUCCGCUGAGGAGAAGAAGAGAAAGCAUAAGAAAAGGAAGAAGGAGCAGAAGGGUAAAGAACGCAAGAAACAGAAAACGUCUCAUGCCAAACAAGGCGAACCUUCUACAGAGCAGAAAGAAAAGGCUGUUGGUGAUAAAAAUGCAGCGAAAUCGUCGGAGAAGAAAAAGCACAAACGGCCGGUAAAGGACAACGCCAGUAAUAAGAAAACGGAGGAGGAGAAGGAUACGGGAAAAAUUGUUGGAAAAGAAAAGGAUGUGAAAGAAGUGAAGGAAAAAAGAAAGGAGAAAGUGAAAGAAAAAGAGAAAGGGAAGAAGAAGGAGAAGGAGAGAAAGAAAAGUGGUGAUAAAGAAAAGGGGAAAGAAAAAGAAGAAAAAAGGAGUAAAGAGAAGAAGAGAAAGAAGGACAAAAGCAAAAAGGAUGAGACAUCUUCCGGGAAGAAGCGUAAGAACAAAAAGAAACACAAAAAGCAUAAGCGACAUAAGAAGGAAAAAUCUAAAGAUGAGAACAGUGGGGAUGAAGAGGGGACAAGCGAUAGUAAGGCAAAGAAAAGUGAUGACCCAGGGGUCUCCGCUGGGGAUGAGAACCCUGAUGAGAAAAACAGUACGGAAGAACAGGAGACACAUGACAGCGAUGAAGGCGCGCAACAAGAUGAGAGCGAAGAGGAAGAAAACGAAAGUAGUGACGAAAGAAUGAGUGGGGAGGAAACGAAAGGGGAAGAUGAUGAUGAAGAAGAAAGGAAGGAAAUGGAAGAAAGAGUAGGAAGUGAAGAAAAAGAGGAAAUUAGGAGUGAUGAGAUUAAAAGCAGUGAAAAAGUGAAUGAGGAAGGAAAGAAGGAAACGGAAAAAUCAAGUGGGAGUGAAGAAGAAAUGAUAUGUGAUGAAGAGCAGGAAGGAGGAAAAAAGAACGAACGUGGCAAGGAAGUAGCCAAUGAAAGUGAAGAUGAAAAACUGGGAAUUAGUGGAAGCGAUGGCGAGGAGGAAGUUGAUGAAGAGCAACUGUUAGGAAACGGAAGUGAUGACAACGUAGAGGCAGAGGAGAAACUGACAGGAAACGGAAGUGUCAAGGAUAAGGAAGCGGAAGUGGAAAUAGACCGCACAAAACUGGAAGAAAACGGAAGUUGUGGUGAGAUAGAAAAUGGAAAUAAUAUGGAAAAUAAAGGUUUCGGUGGUAAGGAAGACGGAUUUUAUGGAGUCGAAAGUGAAAUAAAGGAUGAAGUACUGCAGGGCAAUGAAAAACAAAAAAAUAAGGAGGCGGAUAUGAAAAGUGAAGAAGAAUAAUGGGUGAGAGUCUAAGUAGUCACGUGAGAGGAUCGACGAACAGAAAUGAACAGAACAAGAUCAAAGAAAUACGUUUGUGAAAGCCACACUAGAAUGACGGUGGUAAGAAUAGAUUUCAAAACACGGAAAGAAAGUCGAAAGAAGACAUGUUCUAAGAACAAAACGAAGGAAAAGAAAGGAAUCCAAGUUAGUCUUUUAAAACAAAAUGCCUUUGAAAUAACCUCUUUUGUCAGCAUCAUUCUGCAUCGAUAUCAAAAUAUCAUUUCUAGUGCUUAUUUCUUUAAUCGCGUAAAAGGUUAGUAUGGAAUUGGAUAUAAGAUUCAAGGUAGCUUGAAAAUCUUGGUAAUAACGCUCUGGAUUAAGCAGAAGCUGUGACUACCAUUUAUUUAUAACAUCCCUUGGUGGAUAAGUUGUCACAAAAAAAUUUUGAGAUAAGUUUUUCCAAGAAAAAGGGAUGUGAUAAGAAAAUCCAACAGAAGAAAUCCAAGCUAGCGGCGAUUUCCUUUUUUUCCGUUUCGCUCUUUUCAUUCUGGUGCCCACGAACCUUGCCUUUCAGGUUGUCUUUAAUAUCAACGUGCAUCUUCUCCAUGCUGUUUUGCACUAAUGAGGAGAAAUUGUUGGAAAAGUAAACACAUUUUUGUCUUUCGCGAUCAUCAUCUUGAUUCUUCUGAUUUUGAUGUUUGGUUUGUCAAUGAUAUUGUCAGGAGAAAUUAUAAUUUUAGUCAGUAUUAUAGUUUCAAGGUGAAGGAGAAAAUUGCUAACCCCUCGUUAGAGUGGUUACUGUAGUAUUACAGUGUAUUAAAUGUAUAACAUGUAGUUAGAGGUAAGAGGAAUGUGUUGUAUACAUGUGUGUAAUUUUUGUUC